CCACUGUUGUACAUUUGACAACGACACUGGACACGCAUUUCUUGAAAAGGGCAAUAGACACAUUGGAGGUGGAAGUGGUGUGAAAGAGGAGGGACUUGAGACUUCAGUUUGCGUUUCACUGUGGGAACUGAAGGGCGCUCGUGCUCGGUUCCGCCGGACUGACCGUUGAGCUGAGCCACGGAACUGGUCGCGCGCUCCUCACGCACGCUUAUAGUUUGCGCUGACAGCAACUGUCACACGUUAAACUUCAACAACUGUGCCAAACGUGGACAUUCCGUAAACCCGGUAAAGCUUAGAAGUUGUCCGUUUCUUUCCAAGCGCCUCUCUUCUAUGCAAGGAUGUGAAUUUCCACAGGAGGAUUUAAAGUCGUGCCAUGGUUUUGACCCGCGCGCUCCUCACAGAAAUGGGCCGCUCCGCAUCGACGGGUACAUGAAUCUGAGUUCCACCGGCCAGAUGCCUGAGAUGGAAGAAGUAGAUACCAAUGAGAGCAACGGCUUGGCGAAGAGGGUUGCUCUCAUCAGCUUCCUGUCACUGGUUAUGCUCAUGAGCGUCCUGGGGAACCUGCUGGUGAUGGUGGCCGUUUGUAAGGACCGGCAGCUCAGGAAAAUCAAAACCAACUACUUCAUCGUCUCGCUGGCGUUUGCUGACCUGCUGGUGUCAGUGCUGGUGAUGCCGUUUGGUGCAAUAGAACUGAUCCAUCAGAACUGGAUCUACGGAGAGACUUUUUGCCUGGUCCGCACCUCUCUGGAUGUGCUGCUGACCACAGCCUCCAUCUUACACCUGUGUUGCAUCUCCCUUGACAGGUACUAUGCCAUCUGUUGCCAGCCGCUGGUCUACAGGAAUAAGAUGACACCGCUGAGGGUGACUCUAAUGAUUGGAGGAUGCUGGAUUAUCCCAACUGUCAUUUCCUUCCUACCCAUAAUGCAAGGCUGGAACAGUAUAGGAAUAAAGGACUUGAUAGACAAGCGGAAGAUCUCCGGCAACUCUACAGUAUGUGUGUUCAUGGUGAACAAGCCAUACGCGUUGACGUGCUCAGUAGUGGCCUUCUACUUACCGCUGGUCCUGAUGGUCCUGGCGUACCAACGCAUCUACGUCACUGCACGGGAACACGCUCGCCAGAUCAGCAUGCUGCAGCGCGCUGGAGGAGCGGGGAAUGCGGACAGCGCAGACCACCAGCGCAACCACCGGAUGCGCACCGAGACCAAGGCAGCCAAGACUCUGUGCAUCAUCAUGGGCUGCUUCUGCCUAUGCUGGGCCCCGUUCUUCAUCACAAACGUGGUGGACCCCUUCAUAGACUACAGUGUUCCUGAGCAGCUGUGGGCCGCCUGCCUCUGGCUGGGCUACAUCAACUCCAUGCUCAACCCCAUCCUCUACGCCUUCCUCAACAAGUCCUUCCGUCGUGCCUUCCUUAUCAUUCUCUGCUGCGGACACAAGCGAUACCGCCGACCCUCCAUCCUUGGCCCUGGAACGACCUGCACGGCCACACAGAUUAAUGGAUCUACACAUGUACUGAAGUAUGCAGUUCUUCACAAUGGAAACCACAACGAACAGGAGAAACUGUCAAUACAGAAUGACACAGAGUCCCAGGAGUCAUGUUUCUGACACAGGCCACCCUCUAAUGAGGACCAGCUCUGGAAGGUCCCAUUUCUUACGGGCCUGCCUGCAGCUCAAGCCCAACCUGAGCAUUUAAGGACUCACAUACUGGGAGAUGGACUGAACCGUCUGCUCAAAGAGCUGCUGAACAAUGAAGGAAAGAGUAAUGUUGCCAAAGGUAUCUGGUCUAGAUUUUAGGAUAUAAAUUUCUAUGGGAAAGGAAUGUCCCCCCCAAAUUUGGUAAUUUCUUUUGGUAAUGCCAAAAAUGCAUCUUACAAGCUUUAUACAGAGAGGUUUUAGAGUUCUAUGAGGUCAGGAUAACAAUUCCUGAAAGGUACUGCACAAAUGCUGAAAAGCUGUCACUUUAUUAAACAAAAAUAAAGAUUUAUUUUUGUUCUAGAAAUUAAAAUGAAUUCCACAAACAAACAUUCAUACCACAGUAUUAAGAGCUGAGCGCAGAGCUGACCAACUCCUCCAUUUCUCCAUAUACAUUUCCAUAUGUACUCAAUAUAUGGAUAUGUUUUCUAACAGGAUCCAGGCAUCCUUAAGAAUAUUCUGAAUACCAUUACAUAAAAUCAGUCUUUCAAUAAAUAUGGCAUAUUUCAGAGCUAUAAAACACAAAAUUACCUAAAUAAUUUUAUAAAAACAUGACUUUUUUUCAAGCAAAUUAAAAAACAUAAUAUCUCCAUUUUUACAUUGUUCUUUUGUGAACAAUUGGCAUUGUAAGAUGUCUAAAACUCUUAUGGAAAUGAGAUUUAACCAGACUUUGUUUGUGUAUUUUGGCUUCUUAUAAAACCUUCUGAAUACACAGAUUUCUUUCUGUAUUAUAUAUAUUCAGUCAGGUCAGCUUUAUGCAUUGCUAAAUGCAUCCAUUUCUAAAUGAUGUCCAUACAAUCUCUUCUGAUGCAAUUCACCGCCAUACAAAGAGCAGUGCUUUUCUGAGAGCGUUAACACUACAUGAUGCCUGCUGACUCUGCCUGUUACUGAGAAAGUGUCAGGCCACUCCAAACAAAACCUUUGGUGACAACAACCAGGGCCACCAGUUUUAAACAGUUUCAAUGGUUCUUGCAAAGGUUCUUAAAGGUAUAGUUUGAAAAAAAUUAUUUAUUUAUUCAUCCUCAUGUGAUUUCAAAUUGUAGCAGUUUCCUCUGUAAAGCAUAAAUGAUGCAAAGUGGCAUUAAUUCAGAAUAUAUAAGAGUUAGUUCACCCUAAAGUGACAUUUUGUCAUUAUUUACUCCCACACUGUAAAACCC